AUGGUAGAUCCCUUGGACAUUGGCAUGGUGGGAGUUAUGACGCAGAGGCAUAACUGUUUAGAAAUCAGAGAAGAGGGAAUAUUAAUGUCCAUGCAGAACGCAACAGGAUCCGGUGCUGUCUUCCCUGCCAUCUUCUCUUCUCUCGAAGAUUGGCUGAUACUGAAAGGUGUUUUUUCCAUGGCACCCUGUAUCUUCUUUCUGUACGUGAACUUAGUGAUGUUGUUCACACUGAGGUCUAAAGAAAUGUUCACCGAAACUCCUCGCUACAUACUAUUCUGUCACUUGCUCCUGUCUGACUCGCUGCAACUGUGGUGCACUUUUGUGUUCUACAUACUCUACUCUUUGCCAUUGGAUGAGGUAAACACGGGUUCGAUAGCCCUCGUGUUCACACUGGCGUGUCUGCUCAUAAUCUAUGUGUACAUAGCCAUUGCUGUGACGGCCAGAUCAACUGCCGCCACUGAGAAGUCGUCCGUGGGCAAGGCCCACAAAACUGUUCUCUUGCACAUGGUGCAACUCUGCCUUUGUCUAUCAUCCCUCCUAUUUGGUACAGUUCGUAGGGCGCUGGCUAUGAGCAGCAUGGACCGAGUUAUUGUCGAUGAGGUGACAUAUGUUUUGUUCUUAGCACUGAACAUCUUACCCAGGUGCCUUAGCCCCCUCAUAUAUGGUCUGAGAGACAAGGCUUUCUGUGACUAUUUCAAGAUCAAUUUGGUUUUCUGCAUCAAAGCCAAGCUAAAGCAGCCAACGCACCCUGUUUAG